AUGAUCUUCAGUGAUGAGAUGGGCGGUAGAGUCGAAGGGAUUAUGUACAACGAUGCCAUUGAUAUGCUAUUGAAGCAGGAAGGAGCUGAGGCAAAUCGGAAGCUUACUGCUAAGAGAUCACCUCAGAACUUCAACGUUGUGGUUUACUUUUGUUUAUUUGACUUUAACUCAGUUUGUUGGAUUUAUGAUCUAAGAAUUUGUGGGGUGGAAGGGAAAGGGAGCAGUAGGAGUGACUUCACCCGUACUAUUGUUCGUUUGGCUUUAAAUUUUGUUGCUUAG